AUCUCUCUCUCUCUCGUUCUAAAGAUUUCCAGAAUCCGAACAAUAAAAAUUCCCAAUCUUUAUCUCUCUGCGAUUUAGCCUCUGCCUGCCGCCGCUCCUCGCUCCGGAUCUCGGCUUAUCGAUUUGCUCUCCGACGGUGGAGGACCACGGCGCCCUCGUCACCCUCUUUGACCCCUUUCCGGCGCUGGCCUCUGGGUCUAGCUAGAUGGGUCCAGUCAUCCGGACUUGGUGAGGGUUUGGAUUCUUCGAUAAGGAGUACAAUUGGGAGGGAAAUAUUUGGAGGGCUUGACGAAUUGAUCCUCGGAUCGGCGUUACCAGCGCCGAUGGAACAAAUUGCUCAACCUACUCCGUCAGCUUCGUCUGAUGUCCCUCCUAGAAAACUCGUUCGCCAGCUGGAUUUCACGGCCGCGUUCUAUGGUGGAGGUCCGCCUUCGCCUAUGGCAACCGUGGCCCUUGAUCCGUCGCUGCAACAGCAGCUACCUCUCCUCGCGCCGGCUUCUUUGCCCAUGUCGCUAUCGUCAAUUUCUUCGAUUUCUGUACCCGCCAAGCCACAAUCACCCAAGCCACGGUCACGAGAAUCACAACAACUCUGCAAUGCAAAGGAUGGUACACCAACAAGAAAGAGGAAUUGCAACUGCAAACACUCAAAAUGCUUGAAGCUGUACUGUGAGUGUUUUGCAUCUGGGGUUUAUUGUGAUGGCUGCAACUGUACAAACUGUUGUAACAAUGUUGAGAAUGAAACUGUUAGGCAUGAGGCUGUUGAAGCUAUUCUAGAGCGCAAUCCUAAUGCCUUUAGGCCUAAGAUUGGUAGUCGCCCAUAUGCACUUCGAGAAAAUAAGGAUGAAACAGUAGAACCUCCUCCUUUGGUAGGACGGCACAAUAAAGGAUGCCACUGUAAGAAGUCUGGGUGCCUCAAGAGGUAUUGUGAGUGUUUUCAAGCCAAUAUUCUCUGCUCUGAGAAUUGCAAAUGCAUGGACUGUAAGAACUUUGAGGGAAGUGGAGAGAGGAAUGCUCUCUUUCGUGGUGAUCAUGGAAGUACUCUUUGCAUGCAAUACACAACCAAUGAUAGUUCAAAUGGGGCUAUUGGUGCUCCUGUACUCCUGUCUUCUUCAGCAUCUAAGAAAAGGAAACACCAGGAUACAUUCUUUUGUACAUCAUCAAAGGAUCAACCCGCUAAAAGUCUUGCACCAAUUCUGCAGGUUAAGAAUUCUGUACAAGUGUGUUCUACUUCCAUUCCUGUAGCUAGUUCUACUACUGCUGCUCCAGUGGCAUCUAAUAAGGUCACUUAUAGGUCUCUUCUAGCCGAUGCAGUCCAAACAGAGCAUGUUAGGGACCUGUGUAAGGUUUUGGUGGUGGUGUCUGGAGAGGUUGCCAAAAAGAUUGCUGAUAGACAAGUUCAAGAGUUGGCAGAGCAAGAAGGUCAUGCUGAAAGUUCCCAACACUCAGAUCAUGACAGAGAUUCAAGACAGAAAGAUUCAGCUACGCAGAGCACUUCAGCAGAAGUGUGUUCAAAUGAGAUUCCUAUUAACAAACCUAUCACAGAAGAAACUGUAUCUGAAUGUGGGGAAGCGGAAGAGAGAGGAAGGGCUAUGUCUCCUGGAACAUUAGCACUGAUGUGUGAUGAACAAGACAUGAUUUUCGUGGCAUCUCAGACUACUGCUACGGAUCCAAGACUCUCCAGCAACCAGAGUACAUCAGAGGCCUAUGCAGAGCAAGAGAGGGUUAUACUGAUUGAGUUCAGAGAAUAUCUCCAUAAGCUAGUCAACCAUGGACGAAGGAAAGAAGAGAAAUACACAUCCAUGUCCUCUCAGUAUCAAAAGCCUAUCCAAAAUAUGGAAUUGGCUUGCAAUGGCGUAGCUACAGCUUCAGUUCCAGUUUCUGUGGAGAUAGCUCAGACAAGAAAAGUAGGCCUUCCUUAUUCUAAUAACAUUCUCCAGUUGGAUUGCAAACCAUAGGAAAUGGAGACAUAAAAGCCGAGAUGUAAACAACCAAGCGGAACAAAACAAUGCAGUUCUCAGAGGUCAUAGAUGAAUCCUGUAAUUUUGUUGUAACAUAUAUGAGCGAAAAUUUGGCUCAUUAGUUGAUUAUGUAGAUUUUAAUUUACAUUCUAAAUAGCAUAUUUAUCCUUUUAUUGAGCAUCGAA